AUUUGUUUUUAACUCUCAAGAAUCAUACCAUACUUCCUUCCCCAUUUCUUCUAUGAAUCCUUUGUAAUUCUCAAAAGGCAAAAAAAGUUCAUUAUAUACUAAAAUACCUCAGGACAUUCAUUCGACCAACCCCUAUUCUAUUAUUGAAGAGAUGCUAUGAAACGAAAAUAUGCUUCUACUGCUGCCAACAAAUGAACGAACAUAAUUUUCAACAAAUUCAAGGCAACUAAAUACUCCGAACCGAUGAAGGAGCUGUAUAGUAUACGAAGAAGUUAUCCCUUACUUGUGUGUUUCCCUUUUGCCAAUUCAACAAACUAAUCUUGAAUCAUCCAUCCGUCUUCCCUUUCCAUUGGAAACAGCUGUGUGUGGGGAUGGAUGACAGGAGGACAGAGGACAAGACACUGUGUCAGUUCAGUUCAUCGGAAAUCUCACUGAAAUCCUCCAGCAAAACUCCAGGUAUCAUCUCUCUACGUACAUAUAUAACCUCUCUACUACACAUAGCAUUCCAUGUAACGAACAACAACAACUCAAAACUCAAGCAGCCGUCACUUCAGCCCGUCGUUCGUCGGUAUCAGUCGUCAGGCAGAAGAAACAACCAUCCAGUCACGGCCGUUAGUUGAACAUUUUCAGGUCUGUGAAAUACAACGACGAACAACUACUCUAGAACCACCCCAAGAAUAACUUUUCAUCGAGAUUCGAAACGAAUUCGAGACGAGAGACUCUACAGAGAGCAAAACCGGAUGAGGCAACAACAAUAGCAUAGCAGUAGCAGAUAGCAAUAGUACAGCAACAGCACCGAUACCUCUACUACGUAGGAAAGAAUCCAUACCAAACCAAACACAAGCGCAAAAAGGAAAGGCUGUGUGAAACCAUUUUCAAGUACGCCAUCGACCGAGAGUCACGCCAGCCUGAAGCCCGUCGUCGUCGUUGUUGUCAGCCAGCUGCUGCUCUUCAACUGUGUGAGAUAUAUCAAGGAGAAUAUUAUAACAACAACACUUUGCGUUGCGUCGGACUCGGUUUUGGUUUUUGGUUCGUCUUCGAACGGUUUUCAGUGUUUUGGAGUCUUUUGGUUCAGUUAGUUUUGAUAUUGACGAGACGAGAACAGCACGUGAGUAAGGAGACAACGUUUUUGAGAGAGAAUUUUUGAAAAAUUGUAUACAAACAAAAUGGAGAAAGGACACAAGAUGCCGAUGCGCAAUAACAGAAGAUGCAUCAUCUAUGGCUGCAGUUCAUCAUCGGUCACUAACCCCGAUUUGAAGUUCUUUCGUUUUCCGUUACCGGAAUCUCCGGAUUAUCAAAUAUGGCUGUCAGCUUGCAAAGAUUCUUACAAUCAGAUAAGGAUUUUAAAGAAGCCUCUUGUUUGUUCGCUACACUUUGAAACUCGGGAUGUUGGAGGUCGUCGACUUAAUCCGAGGGCCUAUCCCAAAUUGAGGCUUGUCCCAUCCGAAGAGUACGUGACAAUUCAGGGCGAAAAACAAAAAAUGCAGUUUUUAAACAAAGUGAUGGAAGAAUGGCUCUUACGGAACCGGCCUUACCGUGAUAUCUACGGAAGGGUCCUUCUUUCAAAGGCUAAGGAGGCGGCAGACCUUUUGGACAUUCCAAGCUUUAAUCCCAACAAACUUUGGUUGCAAGAUUUCAACGAAGAAAUUGCUGCACCUGGCUCAAAACUACUGGGAAAAGUUGCACCUUGCGGUUUAUCAUUACAAAUGGCCGACGUUAUUAGAGACUUGAGACAGCUUGAACAAGACCAAAAGGCCGUACAGGAUCAUUUGGCGGCGGAAAAUUCAAUCGAAAUCAGCGAUGACGAUGAUUACGAUGAUGGUGACUUUAGUGAUAGCUAUGCCGACUUAUCUUCAAAGCUUGAGGUUUCUGUAACGGUUGACGAAGAAAGCAGCGAUUAUUAUGAACCUGGGGCGAAAAUGCCAAAACUCCAAUCGAUACUUUUGGAUCUUGACGAAGAAGAAGCUUCGGAGAAAAAGAAAAGCAUCGCCACAUACCGAGAAGCCUUGAAAUAUUUGAAGCCCCUUGAAGAUUUCGCCCUGCAAAAAGAAGAUUUCAGAGCUAUAGGCUUACUGACGCAGCUUGAAGCUAUUUUUAAGCAACAAGAGUAGAAGAAAUAUAUUUGUUCUUAUAAUUUUGUUUAUAACAAAGAAAAAAACAUUUAUGUAAAUAAUUUUUUUAAAGUUAAGUCCUUAAAUGUAAAAUAGUUUGUAAGUUUUACCAAAAAAUAAUAAGAAGCUAUUUAUAGAAAACAUAUUAUCUGAAAUUGUCUUGUCUUUGUAUUUCCUUUUAUGUGUUUUCAAGAGUCGAAUUUUUUUCUGGCAGAGAUUUUCCCUCGAUUCAGGUCUUGCGCAGAAUAGAUUUGGGGCUCUCUCCCAGCUACAGAGUUUUAGUGGGAAUCUUUCCUCGAGCACUUUUCAAGGCAUUUGUGUUAUGUUCGUAGUUCGUAGAGCUUGAGAUUUAUCGACCAGGGGUUGUUUUUUUUUCGUUUCUAUGUGCUAUGUGAGCAUUGGGUCGUUGUAUGUAUUCCUAUUCAUAGAAGAAAUCUACCAGGAUAUUUCUAGAAUUUUUUUUAUUUAGGUACAUAAUGUAUGUAGUAUACGUAAACUGGGAUUUCCAGAAAUUCAAUAUUUCGAAGGAAAAAGUUAUUAUGGCAUCACAUAGUCUUGAGAUUUGAACAGUUUUAGACAGGUAGUAGGUAGUUCAAAGAAAUAACCUUUUAUAAGGGAUUACCAAAUGCAUUGUGGAUUGGUGUGGGUUAGGUAUAGAUACUUGGAAAACUUUAUGACAUUGGAAAAAGGCAGAUUGCCAAAGGUUUUAUCUGUCGAAUUGCUUGUGGAUUAUGAUUUCAGGUCAUUAUUAGGGGACAAUUCGAUUAUAAUCUGAAGUUUUUUCACAGCUUCGAGGGUGUGUGUGUAUGUGUAUGUAGGU